AUGCAUUCUAUAAUGGAGACGAGCAAGCCGAUCCUGCAGAAGGCAGUUCAGUUAGAUACAGAGGGCGACCCAGAAGGAGCUAUAAAGCACUAUGCUGAAGGGGUUUCUAUACUUAUGAAGUGCCUAUCAUGUGAUGAUGCCAGUCCUUCCCAAUUGGUAUCAGUGAGGGAAACAAUUGGCAAGUAUUUGUCAAGGGCUGAAACUCUCAAAAAUCGUAUGCCAGUUGUACUCGUUGAGCGAAUACAGAUCAAGUCUGACUCGAAGGGGUAUGGUUACGAUAAGAUCUUUUCAAAAUGCUUUGAUAACUCAGUAACAGAAGUCUUUGUGCAAGAUGGUUACAUCAGAUUGCACCACCAGAUCGUAAAUUUUGUGAAAUUUUGCGAGUUAUGUGUGAUGAAAGCAACGAAUUUGAAAAAAAUUGAACUGAGAACGCAGAAGGGUGAUGGAUCUAAUGAAGUUCCACUUAUGGAGUUAAAACAGAGUUUUGAAGAAAAAAACGUAAUUUUCAGCUUUUAUUAUGACGAAAACUUGCACGACCGUGAAAUUAGGUUUAACAAUGGUUGGAUUGUUAAAAUUGGUCGAGGCCUCGACUAUUUUAAGAAGAGUAAUAGAUUUGCUUUAGGUUCUUAUGAGUUGAAUUUGAGAAAGUGUUUGGAGACUACGGUUGAUUUGUUUCAAGUUAAAAAGUAAUU